CACGAGACGUGCCUCCUUGACCAGGUGCUCGAGCUGAUUAUGAACGAGAAGCCCCCCACCAGUGCGAGUCUUUUCCUAAACGAGGACUUGGACAAACCCCCCUUGCCAGAGAAAAGAGACUUAAGGAGGCGUUUACGCAGGGCAAUGGAGAGGAGAGCCAGCGGCAUGAAGGAGAGGAUAAGCUCCAUCAGCAGGGACCGCGUCAGAGGUUUCCUCAAGAGUAACCUGUUCGUUCUGUUCACUGUCGCAGCUGUGGCUCUAGGUGUAAUCCUGGGCUUUGCUCUACGCCCCCACAACCUGUCCCUGAGGGAGAUCAAGUACUUUGCCUUUCCUGGGGAGCUCCUAAUGAGAAUGCUGCAGAUGCUGGUGCUGCCUCUCAUCAUCUCCAGUCUGGUCACAGGUAUUUCCUCCUUGGACAGCAAAGCAUCAGGAAAAAUGGGUGUUCGCGCUGUGGUCUACUACAUGGUGACCACCCUGAUUGCUGUGUUCAUCGGCAUUGUCAUAGUGAUAAUCAUCCGGCCGGGGAAAGGCAACAGAGAUAGUCCUGUGGCCAACAGUGGAAACAUUGAACCAGUUCAGGCUGCUGAUGCUUUUCUGGAUCUCAUCAGGAACAUGUUUCCCCCCAAUCUGGUAGAAGCGUGUUUCAAGCAGUAUAAAACUGUGUACAAGAAGAUUGUUCAUACAAGGAACGUGACAGUGACCCUGAACCUCACCAACUCUCUCAACGUGACAGAGCCUAACCUGAGUGCGAACCUCAGCAGGGUGCUGCACACCAUACAGGAGACAGUUGAGGAGACGGUCCCUGUGUCCGGCUCCUCUGGUGGAGUGAACGCUCUGGGUCUGGUGGUCUUCUCCAUGUGCUUUGGUCUGGUCAUUGGCAACAUGAAGCAGCAGGGCCAGGCCCUCAAGGACUUCUUUGACUGCCUGAACGAAGCCAUCAUGAGGCUCGUGGCCAUCAUCAUCUGGUACGCGCCAGUGGGCAUCAUGUUCCUGAUUGCAGGGAAGAUUGUAGAGAUGAAGGAUCUGGCAGAGGUGGGCGGUCAACUGGGGAUGUACACUGUGUCUGUCAUUGUGGGUCUCCUGAUCCAUGGCCUCUUUGUCUUGCCACUGCUUUACUUCCUGGUGACCAGGAGGAAUCCCUACAGCUUCAUUGGUGGCCUGCUGCAGGCACUCAUUACGGCUCUGGGAACCUCAUCCAGCUCUGCUACCCUGCCUAUCACCUUCCGCUGUCUGGAGGAGAACAACCAUGUGGAUAAAAGAGUGACACGUUUCGUCCUCCCUGUGGGCGCCACCAUCAACAUGGAUGGCACUGCCCUUUAUGAAGCUGUGGCAGCCAUCUUCAUCGCUCAAGUCAAUGACAUGGACCUUAACUUUGGCCAGAUUCUCACCAUCAGUAUCACAGCAACUGCUGCCAGCAUCGGAGCAGCAGGCAUCCCUCAGGCUGGCCUGGUUACCAUGGUGAUCGUAUUGACAUCGGUGGGACUGCCCACAGAGGACAUAACACUGAUCAUCGCUGUGGAUUGGUUCUUGGACCGCUUGCGUACCACCACCAACGUGUUGGGUGAUUCACUCGGGGCCGGCAUUGUGGAGCACCUUUCACGUGGAGAGCUGCAGAAUCAGGAUGCUGAGGUGCGCAACUCUGUAAUCGAGGAAAAUGAGAAGCCCUACCAGCUCAUCUGCCAGGAAAACAACUCUCUCAACCACCGCAACAGUGAGACCACAAUGUGAAAACAUAACCACACCCAAAAGGGUUUUAUGUACCAAAAGCAUUUCAGCUAGAAGGUUGACUUGAAAUGGGGCAGGGAGGAUUUUAGAGAAAAAAUUGUUUUGGGUCGACUCGGCCGGUGUUUGGGGUUCCCAGAGUGUCCUAAACUCUCGUCUUACCUUCAAAUACAAAAAGUUUUCUGGGAAACAAGGCAAUAUAAUGCCUGGCCUUGGGCUGCUUGGUGAGUUUAGGAACAGUUACAUAUCUACUGCUAACAAUCUAUCUCAGUGCCAGUUAUUUGGGGUCAUUUCAAAUAGUUCAAGUGUCAAAUAAAGCUGAAAGUCAUUAUAAAAACAUUUUCAGGUUAAUCAAGUUUUUGAAGAUUUAUAUAAUUUAUGAUCUAUACAGUCAGAGAGUCAUAAAACGUCCUACCAGCAUCAGUGUAAGAAUACACAGUAUUAUUAGCGAGAAACACCACCAUAUAUCCAAUGUUGUGAUUAUGUAAAUCUUCAUCAGCAUUUCUGCUGCAUGACGUAAUACAAUCUUUGCAAAUACUUAUUUUUUGUCAUAUUCACACAUCGUGACUACCUCUGAUAGGACUUUUAGAUAUGGACCUUCUACAGCACUACACACAAAUACUCAAUUACUCAAUGGAGCAUAUCAACAGGAUGUAAAUACAUCAACCAAUUGUUUUAGGUCCCAUAUUCAAGCUUGAAAUAUUUUUUAUGUUAUUUAAGUUUGCUCGCACAAAACACUGGACUAUGGUGGGAAGAAGAAUCUUUGCUACUUAUUAUUUUAAGGUUGAUAUAUUUAGGGUGACUUGGUUGAAUGUUUUACACUCAUGGCUUUAUUAUAAAUAUUAUAUUUGCAAGUAAUUCAUGUAUUUCUUUGGUGCUUUUGCUUGUAAACUAUGGACACAGGACUGUACUGCUACACACUAAUUUUAGAGUAUCAACUUCACUGUUAAUUUUCUCUCUCUCUCUUUUUUUUUAAAAAGAGGGAAAUAUCAAACAACAUAAUGAUCAAUCUUUGUUCCUUUUUCCCCGUUAAAAGUUCUUGGUUUUUCCAUGUUAAGGUUUGUUUUUAUCUUACUUUGGAUCUUUUUGUUUUUUUAAACUACUGACGAGAAGUUUCAAGACAAUUACAAAACAUUUUGUUGUCUGUCACAACAGUGUGCUUUAACAUCAGUACACCAUUACACCUGCCCAUCUGUGUUUUCUGCAUUAUACUAUCAACUAAACAUGUAAUUUGAUUUUGUUAUAUUUUGACUGGAAUAAUAUAUUGAAAGCUAAUCACUGAUUUAUUUUUAUUGUUUUGUGAACAGGUACUGUGAAGAAAUUUUGUGAAUGCUUUCAGGAAUUGAAUGUACAGUUGUUGUUUUUUUGCUUUUUGGUGUUGAUUGUUUUAGAGGAAAGUGUUGUGCAUAAUUAUGAAAGGUGAAAAGGUAUAUAAUAGUUUAAUUGAAAGCUCUUAUGACUUUGUGACAUGUUUAUGCUCAUUAAGAGGUUUGACCUUAAUUUUGAUGCUUGAUGUUAUUUCCGUAAAAAUGUUAUUUCUAAAGAAAGAGCAGCUCAGCAUUUUUGAUGGAAAGCUUAUAAAAA